AUGUCGCAUCGAAAAUUUGAAGCCCCGAGACACGGAUCUCUCGCGUUUUUACCUCCAUUCCCCAAAGAUGACCCAAAGAAGCCUGUCCACCUCACUGCCACCAUGGGCUACAAGGCCGGUAUGACCACAAUCGUUCGCGAUCUCGACAGACCCGGAGCGAAAUCACACAAGAAGGAGAUUGUUGAGGCCGUUACUGUCAUUGAGACACCACCAGUGAUCGUUGUUGGUCUAGUUGGUUACAUCGAGACUCCCCGUGGUCUUCGAUCCCUCACCACAGUUUGGGCUGAGCAUUUGAGCGAUGAGGUAAAGCGCCGAUUCUACAAGAACUGGUACAAGAGCAAGAAGAAGGCCUUCACCAAGUACGCCAAGAAGCACUCGGAGAGCUCUGGAUCUUCCAUUACCCGUGAGCUUGAGCGCAUCAAGAAGUACUGCACCGUUGUCCGUGUUCUCGCCCACACCCAAGUCCGCAAGACCCCUCUUAAGCAAAAGAAGGCACACUUGAUGGAGAUCCAGGUUAACGGAGGUAGCAUCACUGACAAGGUUGAGUUCGGAAGUGGUCUCUUCGAGAAGCCAGUUGAGAUCAGCUCUCUCUUCGAGCAGGAUGAGAUGAUUGAUGUCAUUGCUGUCACCAAGGGUCACGGAUUCUCCGGUGUCACCAGCAGAUGGGGAACCAAGAAGCUUCCGAGAAAGACACACAAGGGUCUCCGAAAGGUCGCUUGUAUUGGUGCCUGGCAUCCUUCCCACGUCCAAUGGACUGUUGGCCGUGCUGGUCAAGACGGAUACCAUCAUCGUACUUCUGUCAACCACAAGGUUUACCGUAUUGGCAAGGGUGAUGAUGAGGGCAACGCUACCACCGAGUUUGAUCACUCCAAGAAGCAAAUCACUCCUAUGGGUGGCUUCGUCCGUUACGGAGAGGUCAAGAACGACUUCAUCAUUGUCAAGGGAUCUAUUCCAGGUGUCAAGAAGCGUGUCAUGACUCUCCGCAAGUCCAUGUUCGUGCACACAUCAAGAAAGGCAUUGGAGAAGGUUGACCUGAAGUGGAUCGAUACGUCGUCGAAGUUCGGUCACGGUGCAUACCAAACCCCUCAAGAGAAGCACCAGUUCCUUGGUACUCUCAAGAAGGACAUUGCGCAAGCUUCGUAG